GUACUCCGCCAGUCGACGAUCGUUUCUUGGACUCGUUGGAUUUAAACUUCUUAUCAGAGGGUUGAUCUAGUGUCGCUUUUUCAAUUAUUUUUUAAUUAAUUAUUUAAUUAAUGAUUUAAAAUAAUAGACUUCAUUAUAAUAAUAAAAAUAGCCAUGGAUUUCAGUUUACGAAACCUUUUCCUUCUUUUUUUGGCAAAUUUCUUCAUUUCAGUAUUGUCAGCACAAAAUCCAUGUUUUAAUGGUGACUGUAUUCCGAUUCAAAGAUGUCCGCCCUUGUUGAAUAUUUUAAAAUCCAAUAAUUUGAGACCCGAACAAAUAAAAUUCUUGCAAGACUCUCAGUGUGGUUUCGUUGGCAGAAAUCCAAAUGUUUGUUGUCCAAAAAAUUCCGGACCGGAAAAUACGCCUCGUCCACCGAUUAAUCAAGGAGAAAAUCCAGAUCCCAGUCCAAAUUUAAAUGUCAGGAAUCACCCUCUACUUCCUUCUGACUGUGGACAGGAUGUUGACGAGAGAAUUGUAGGUGGAGAACGCACUGAUAUCGAUGAAUUUCCCUGGAUGGUUCUUUUAGAAUACCAAAAACCUAACGGAAUAACAACAGCUUGUGGUGGAGUUCUCAUAUCGAAACGAUACGUCCUCACAGCAGCUCACUGUCUAAAAGGUAAGGACCUUCCAAAAUCCUGGAAACUCUCACGGGUUCGUUUGGGCGAAUACGACACAGCCCAGGAAAUAGAUUGCAUAAAUGAAUCAGGAUCACGUGUCUGUGCUGAUCCAACCGUAACUGUUCCCAUCGAAGAGCAAAUCGCCCAUGAAGAUUACAUACCAACUGCCAAAGAACAGAGGAAUGACAUCGCUUUGCUCAGACUUGCGCGAGAUGUCACCUUCAGCCACUACGUCAAGCCAAUUUGCUUACCAGAAGAUCCCAGCCUUGGAAGGUUACUUGAUGUUGCAGGAUGGGGAAAAACAGAAAUUAGAUCUGAGUCUAAUUUUAAGCUGAAGGUCAGGCUUCCACUUGUUCAAAAUGAUGAGUGCAGAAGGACUUAUCAAAAUGCUGGUGUCGAACUUGGCGAUGGACAAAUUUGUGCUGGAGGUCAAGUUGGAAAAGAUUCCUGCAGAGGAGAUUCUGGUGGUCCACUCAUGUCCAGGGUGAGGGCACCCAAUGAUGACAAACCAAAAUGGGUCAGUGUUGGGGUUGUUUCCUUCGGACCUUCACCUUGCGGAAUGCCAGGAUGGCCUGGUGUCUACUCCAAGGUUCAUGAUUUCGUUCCCUGGAUCCUUCAGAAUAUCAAAGAAUAGUUAGAAAUUUUCAAAUUCAUUUAACUGAAUACCAUGUAAUUGUUGUUAUUCGAAAUUCAGUCCUUCUAUACGGAUAAAAAUGAACGUUAAUACUUAUUAAAAGACCAGAUAAUACCUAAUAUACGGAUAUUAAGAAACCUCUUGCUGAGAUGUUACAGCCUCCAAUGAUACGAUAUAUUUGAUUUUACUGUCGGAGAUGUUAAAUUAAAAUAUCCAGAUACUUGAGUCGUUGUUAGAUCGCAUUCUUAGCGUUGUGGAAGCUUAUAGCUUAUACCUUUAGAAAAUCAGUGAAAACCCACAUAAAUCCCUUGAAUUUAAUUGUUUAAUUGUUAGAAAUAUGUAGCAAUCACUUAAAAUAAUAAAAAUUAAAUUUAUUCUUUAAAGGUCUGGAAUUUAACUGAAUUGUAGGUAAAUUCAAACGUGUUCAUUUAAUUGAAAUUAAAUACCUCAACUAAACUCAAAAUAAAUAUAAAAAAUUCAAUAUCAUUCAAUUAUAUUAACCUAUUAGAAUCGGAAAAGAUUCAGCGAAUUUUAUUUUAUGAAUGCUGAUAGAAUGGCAGAAUGACAGAAUGGUGACUAGACUGUUCAAAUAUGUAAAUAUAUUUUUAUUACUCGAAAAAAAUGUCGAAGUUAAAAGGAUUUAUUUUAUGACCUUUUUCCUUUUCUCUAUUAUAACAACAAAAUAAUAAUAAGUGGGUAUGAACCCGUUUUAUUUUCAUAAUGGCAGAUGUUACUAUUAUUAUUGCUAUUUUAUUAUUAAUUGUAGAUAGUAUUUAAAAAACUGCAAAAUAAAUUAAGUAAAAUACAAAAAACUGGAAUCGACGAUAGGAACAAAAGCGACUUUAAUUUAAAAAUUGCAAACUGCCUUUAACACAAAACAUUAUAGGAAAAUCAUUAAAGGAUUAUAAUGAUUUUUCUAUAAUGAAUUUCCAGAGAUUUUUCACGAUGAUAGAAAAUUCAUAAUAUAAGGUAAUUACCUAGAAAACGAUUAUAGGAUAUUUAUAAAAUAACUUAAAAUUUCA